AUGCAUUUUGAAGAAAUUACAUGUUAUUUAUCUAAGAUAAAAAAAAUAAAGAAAGAAAAAGCUUACUCUCAUCGGAAAAAACACCAUGAAAACCAUCCUAGAGGCUAUUCGAGCAACAACUGCCUAGCAAUUAUGUUUCUUUCGAGUUUUUCCCCUUGUUUAUACAAUGACCAACAGGUUUACAUUGCAUACUUGGGAUCUGCUCCUGAUAGAGACUACAUUGCUACAUCUCAACAUUCCACUAUGCUUCAAGCACUUUCUACACACAGCUCUGUGGAAAAUUACUUAAUCAGGAGUUAUAAAAGGAGCUUCAAUGGAUUUGCUGCUAAGUUAACUAAUGAAGAGGCAAAGAAACUUGCAAGCUUUAAAGAAGUGGUUUCUGUUUUUCCAAGUAAAGUUUACCACCUUCAUACAACAAGAUCAUGGGAUUUCUUGGGACUCAACCAAACUACUAAACGUAAUGCUACUGCCGAGAGUAAUGUCAUUGUUGGUGUCAUUGAUAGCGGAAUCUGGCCUGAGUCUGAUAGCUUUAGUGAUGAAGGCUUCGGUCCACCACCUAAAAAGUGGAAGGGAGCUUGUAAGGGUGGCCAAAACUUCACUUGUAACAAGAAGCUUAUUGGAGCUCGAGUUUACGCCACAGAUUCUGCCAGUGACAUGGAUGGUCAUGGAUCUCAUACAGCUUCCACAGCAGCAGGGAUCAAUGUAAGGAAUGCUAGUUUCUACGGACUUGCUGAAGGCACUGCAAGAGGAGGGGUUCCAUCAGCAAGGAUUGCUGCAUAUAAAGUAUGCGAUGAUACAGGAUGUACUUCAGAAGAUAUCUUGGCAGCUUUUGAUGAUGCCAUUGCCGAUGGAAAUGAUCUUUUAUCAGUUUCAUUAGGACCAGAAAGUUCGUCUGAGUUUUACCUGGACCCAAUAGCCAUUGGUGCUUUCCAUGCAGCCGAGAAAGGUGUACUUGUUGUACAAUCUGCAGGCAAUAGUGGUCUAGCAGGGUUCCAAUCGGUGGCAAGUGUAGCACCGUGGAUACUUAGCGUUGCUGCAAGCACAACGGAUCGCCAUUUUGUCGACAAGAUCGUUCUUGGGAAUGGGAAGAUACAAACUGGGCUUUCAAUAAACUCUUUUAGUCUUAAUAGAACAAAGGUUCCAUUGGUUUAUGGGCUGCAAGCAUCAUCCGAUUGUGAUGAGUUCAGUGCUCGGUUGUGUCUCCCUAAUUGCCUGAAUAAAACUUUGGUAAAGAAAAAGAUCAUUCUAUGCGAUGACAUGCAGGGUGUAGACGAAGCUUACAAUGCUGGUGCAUUGGGAUUAAUUACGAAAUAUAGAUCCAACGAUGUUUCAUUUGUUGUCCCAUUGCCUGCUAUAGCUUUAAGCUCCAAGGACUAUGAUUCGGUCACAUCCUACCUGAAUUCCACCAAACAACCUAAAGCAAAAAUAUUAAGAAGUGAAACAAUUACAGAUAAAUUUGCUCCUAUAGUUGCUUCAUUCUCUUCAAAGGGUCCUAAUUUCAUUGUACCAGACAUUCUAAAGCCCGAUAUAAGUGCACCAGGAGUAGAUAUAUUGGCUGCAUAUUCACCGGUUGCUUCACCAUCGAUAACUACAACAGAUAAAAGGCGAGUUAAAUACAACAUAAUAUCAGGAACCUCAAUGUCUUGUCCUCAUGUUGCUGGUGCAGCCGCAUACGUUAAGACAUUUCACCCUCAUUGGUCUCCUUCAACCAUUAAAUCUGCUCUUAUGACUACUGCUUUUCCGAUGGAUGCACUGAGGAAUCAAGGUGCCGAAUUUGCUUUUGGAUCAGGACAUAUCAACCCUGUAAAAGCCAUUGAUCCUGGACUUGUAUACAAUACCGUAAAAGGUGACAACAUAAGAUUCUUAUGCAGUAUUGGAUAUGAUGAAGGUUCCAUCAAAAAUAUAGCAGGAAACAACACCUCUUGUCCUAAAAACAAUACUAAAAUGCUGCCAAGAGAUUUCAAUUAUCCUACACUCACUACUUUAGUACCAGCAGGCAAGCCAUUCAAAGUCACUUUCCAUAGAACAGUAACAAAUGUUGGUGUAGCAAGAUCUACUUACAAUGCAACAAUCGCUACCCUGUCGGAACUCGAAAUCAAAGUGGUUCCUCAAGUCUUGUCUUUCAAGUCUCUAACAGAGAAGAAGUCUUACAAUGUUACUGUUUCAGGAAAAGCUUUGGGUGAACAAUCAAUGGUGUCUGCAACAUUGAUAUGGUCAGAUGGUACACAUAAUGUUAGAAGUUCAAUCGUUAUUCACACAUAUGAAGGUGUCCGUAGGGCCGUUUGAGUCACACGAUUGAGUCUGCAUUCUGUUUUUAUUUGUUCAGUCAAUUUCUUGUAAUCUAUUAAUAAAAUAUUAGUUACAUUUUUCUAUGACAAA